AUGAACUGCAACGAGCUCCAAGAACACUCUAGAGCAGACUGCUUCUUGGUCAAAAAGCCGAGGGCGCUGCAAUGGUUCUACAAGGGACAGCUUAUCAAGGAGAAAGAAGAGGAGCGCCAGGCCGGUCGCUUCGAGCUGUUCCUGGAUCUGUUAUAUGUCGCGAUUGUCGCCAACUUCAGCGAUGAGCUUGCUGAGCACCCCGAUGGCGCUCAUCUGGCAAAGUAUAUACUCAUCUUUGCGCCGGCAUGGCAUAUCUGGGCUGAUCUUCGUGAGAUCAUGAACUCGUAUUAUACCGAUGAUUUACUGCAGCGACUUGUUAUUCUUUGGGUCAUGGCCCUUCUGGUGCUGUAUGCGAACAAUGCCAACGAUGCAGAUGAGGAUAUUACUGCAAUGCGGACUACCGUUGGAGCGUACCUCGUAGCACGCUUCACCACCCUCAAUGUAUUCCUUGUUACCUCGUUUGCAGCGUAUCAGCACCGUACACAGGCCCGGAUCAUGGCUGGCUUCAUGUUUGUCGGUCUUGUCAUCACCAUUCCGCUCUUCCUCGAGGACAUAAGCAUUCGCGCAAAAGCCGCCAUUGUCGCCGUGGGCAUAUUCUAUCAAGAGGCGACAUGGGCGCUUACUCUGAGUCCCUGGAUCAAGGCCAAGCUACACCUGACUUAUAGUACUGCUGUUGACAUUGCGCACGAGAUUGACCGAAUGGGUGCUUUCUUCAUCAUCAUUCUCGGCGAGUUUGUGUACAGCAUCAUUGUUGGCAACAAGACGGGCAUUGGUUUGACUUCCGGAUACGCCAAGGCUGUCUGCACGCUAAUCAUCGCGUUCGUGCUGAACUGGGUCUAUUCCAGUGGCGAUGGAAGUAUUCAAGCAACGCAUCCGAUUCGACGAUCUGCUUGGACAGCCUUUGGCUUCUUUCUCUUGCAUCUACCUCUAUCAGCAUCCUUUCUCAUCGGAGGCCACAUCGCAGCUGCGAGCACAGCGAUUGAGGAGUUCGAAGACGGCCAGCGCUGGCUUCUCGGUGGAGGGCUUGGAGUUGGUAUGUUUUGUCUCUGGGUCUACGGGAUGUUAUACAGGGUCGAAGGUGAGUGCACUCUAUUCAUGGGACAGACGACACGAAUCAGCAUGAGAUUGAUAAUUGCGAUCAUUCUCGUCGUCAUUCCCGAGUCACAUAAUCAUCUCAAUGCAGAGAGUUUCAUGUUCGUUAUCAUGGCCCUGUUUGCUUUCCUCUUGAUAUGGGAGACAAUUGGGGGCUUAUCCAGGACUUCUAAGUUCUUUGAGCCUUGGACGAACAGAAAUCCGCCGCCGGAGGAGGAUGACAGAGAAGGCUUGGCGGGCGAGUAA